AUGGCGGUGGAGGACUCGGUCGACCUCACACAUGUCGGCUCGACGGGCUCUUCGCGUGAUCCACUUCUGGUCUUCUUCAUCACCGGCAAUCCAGGCCUAAUAGAAUACUAUCGCACGUUUCUGACACUGUGCUUCGAUAGCCUUCGUACCAACUACUCAGACCUUCACAUCAAAGUUGCAGGAACAAGCCUUCGUGGAUUUGGUGUUCAAGACCAAAACCGUCAACAUCAAGCUAAUGAUGGAGCCGAAGGACCAUAUGAUCUGGACCAACAGAUUGAGCAUAUAGGCCAGAUGCUCGAAAGAACAAUUCAGAGCCAUGCAAGGCAAGGGUCUUCCACGAAAGUGAUAUUGAUGGGCCACUCGGUUGGCUCAUAUAUCCUACUCGAGGUCUUGAGACGACGAAAGCAAAGUCCUACAACGCAGCAAUUGAGCAAUGAUACCAAGGUCAUUGGUGGAAUCUGUUUGUUUCCUACAGUCACUCACAUUGCGAAGAGCCCGAGCGGCAAGAAGUUCAGUCUGUUCUUUGCCAUUCCGUACUUUGCCGCUAUUGCAGGCGUGGUUGUUCGUCUCUUGUUCUCCUGGGUCCCUUUCGGUGUGCUACAAGCAAUCGUUGGUCUUGUUACUGGAUUCCCUGCUCUGGCCGCAGAGCCCACAACCGCUUUCAUCAAGAGUCAGGGUGGUGUCAGGCAAGCAUUGUACCUAGCGGGUCACGAGAUGGAGACCAUAACCGCAGACGCUUGGGACGAUGAGCUCUGGGGCAUUUCCAAAGUACAGAAUUCGAGCAGCAACAAGACAAAACUCUACUUCUACUUCGGCACUGAUGACCAUUGGGUUGCCAACGAGACUCGAGAUGAGCUCAUUGCUGCCAGGGCUGCCACAGGGCAGUCGGGAGAUGAAGACAAACCUACUAUGGAGAUUGAUAUGCAUGGCACUCCUCACGGUUUCUGUAUAAAACACAACGAUCUGGUUGCGAAGAAAGUGGAGCAGUAUAUCGCUGAAUUGAUGCAGAACGUUGCAUGA